AUGUUUAACAUGUCGUCUUUGCCCUACACACUGGCGGGAGCCUCAUUGCUCUCAACAUUCGUUGUCACCAUUCUCAAUUGUAUCUGCUUUGCAACCUCGCAAGCCUCAGCCGAUGUGGCCACAAUCUUUUUAAGUGCGGUGGGCUGUUUAGCCUUGAUCGCCCUCGGUCUCCUACACCACAAGAACGUCCAGACUGGUCGUCUCUCAUGUACCUAUUUGACCGGUGGAUAUCUACUCAUUGCCGCGGCAGCAUCAGCCGGAGCAAUGGCAAUGAGCCACCGAGGAGCUUUGUUCAUCACUCGAUCAGUUUUCUGGGCUUUAUCAGUCUUCGCCCAAGGGUUAUAUUGCGGAUUCAUCACCAUGAACCUAUAUAAAGAACAAUCCAACCCGGACUGGCCCCGCUCAUACCCCCACGAGCUAAAAGACAUGCCGGAGAGUCCCAAGCUUCUCCCAUCACCACCCCGAGUCGCCGAUCUAUCAGAGCUCUUCGAGCCCAAAAGAUCCUCCCUCCGCAAAUACCCCCGGCGUUCCAGCCGCUACUCAGACGCAACCCUAUGCCCAUCCAGCAAGACCCAAAACGCCUCAAUCGACACCACCUCAACACACUCAUCCCCCUCCCCAUCCCCAAUAACCGACAAAGCCCCAAACCUCAGCAAUCGCCCCCUCCUCCGCGGCAACAACAGCAUUCGCAGCAUGCCCAGUCUCCGCCGCAACGCCCCAACCCCACUCUCCCUAGACAAUCUCGUCCACCCACCUCUCCCCUCCCCCACAUCAACACUCCUAGACUCACCAACUACAUCAAACCCAAACUCCACAUGGGAAUACAAUCCUUUCCGCGAAACAAACAUCCACCCCCUCUUCCGCUCAAACAGCCCCUGUCCCUCACCCACCCUCAUCCCAGGCACUAUGGUCAAGGCUUCGCCCUCGGCAGGCCAGACUAUACCCGCCGGCACGAUUACACGGAUGAGGUCUGCGCGCUCGCUGCGUGAUAGUAUGCGGGCGCCCUCGCCGCUGCCCUCGCCGCUGCCGGAGUCCGAGGAGAGGAGGCGCAUGAGCAUGCUGGAGAAUAGAUAUGACUUGAACGAAUCCCCUUAUGAAAAGUGA